AUGAAUCUUUUCUGUUUUUCUCUGGAGGGCUCAAUGGACAGCUUGUAUGAGCCUGUCCCAGAACAUCCAGAACCCAAGGAUACAACUACUACUGACGGCCAGGCUAACACUCCUGUGAGCAUGCACGUAAGCUGUGGACCACCUGAUAGGUCUACAUCUUUGGAAUUUCCUGAAUUUGAGAACACACUGACCAAGAAAAGAAAAUCCAUCCAGAAGUCCAUGUCUGAAAAUGAAGCAUUUGACAGGAAAAAUUUGAAUGGCACACUUUGGCAGGUUUCCAGGAAGCCAGAGAAUGAUUCGUACAUCAGAAGGCACUGUCAGCUUGAAGAGGAUAAUAUUAUUGGUGAUGGGAUACAUUUGCUUCAAGGAAAGAAGAUAGAAGAAACAACAUGCCAGGUGAUAAAUUAUGAGCAGUGGAUUCCACCACGAGUUCACGUUCCAAGCGUGGCUGGUAACAGUGAAAUGGGUACAGAACCAGAUGAUAAAGCAGAGUCCAUGGGAACACUAAAACGAUUGCAGAAAUUGGUUCGAACCAAAAAAACGAGUACACAAAGCUUAGAGGAUGUCAAACAUGUUUUGCUCCCCUUCAGUAAGUGA